UCCUUCCGGGGGAGUUGCCUGCAAGAGACGCCGCAAAAGCUAUUGACGGAAACAUUCUGGACCUAGCGGUGCAAUCUCCAACACACAUUCGCACUGUAUUUUCCGUCCGGAAUCGACCGUCAUUGUGAUUUUUACGGCUCAUGUUUAGGUAAUCUAAAUGGACAUGAUACCAAACAACACCAGACACGAAUAGCUAUCAAGUUCGCUGUCGCGCACUGUGUAUAAAAAUGUCUAAUAUGUUACAUGCAGCGUCAAAUGUGAAAUGGAAUCAGUCUACUGCGGCGAAACGGGCAGCCUUUUUUGUGGCCGCUGCCUAUGGGGUGAAAACGCUCUACCCCAUCCUCUGCAGACAGAUAAACAAACGGAAAGAGCUAAAAACCCCGACCGCACGAGAAGGAGAGGAAAACGGCUUGAUUCUACCAUCAGCAGCCGAGGCAGCACCAAGCAAAAAGUCCCCCGCUGUAAAUGCAGAAUUCUUCAAUCAAAUUCUGGAACUCGUAAAAAUACUAUUUCCAAAGCUUAUAACCAAAGAACUUGGUUUGCUCUCUCUGCAUUCAGUCGCUCUUGUUUCCAGGACGUUUUUGUCUAUUUAUGUGGCAGGGUUGGAUGGCAAGAUUGUGAAGACUAUCGUGGAGAAACAACCGCGGAGCUUCGUCUUCAAAUUGAUGAAAUGGCUUCUGAUAGCCAUCCCGGCCACAUUCGUGAACAGCGCAAUUCGUUUUCUGGAGUGCAAGCUUGCUCUGGCCUUUCGCACGCGCCUUGUUGACCACGCAUACAGAACCUAUUUCACGGACCAGACCUAUUAUAAGGUCAGUAAUAUGGAUGGGAGGCUGGCCAACCCGGACCAGUCCCUCACGGAAGACAUCAUGAUGUUUUCGCAGUCCGUGGCACAUUUAUAUUCAAACCUCACCAAACCCAUCCUCGACGUGAUGCUGACUUCCUACACCCUCAUUCAAACAGCGAGGUCUCGGGGGGCAAAUGCCAGUGGACCGACCCUGCUGGCAGGGCUCGUGGUGUUCGCCACCGCGAAGGUCCUGCGGGCUUGCUCCCCAAAAUUUGGGAAACUGGUGGCAGAGGAGGCACACAGGAAAGGAUAUCUACGUUAUGUGCAUUCACGAAUCAUUGCCAAUGCCGAAGAGAUAGCUUUUUACAGGGGGCACACGGUGGAGAUGCGACAGCUGCAGAAGUGCUACAAGGCUCUGGCAGAACAGAUGAACCUCAUUUUAUCCAAGCGCUUGUGGUAUAUAAUGCUGGAGCAGUUCCUUAUGAAGUACGUGUGGAGUGGGAGUGGCCUCGUCAUGGUGGCUGUGCCAAUCAUCACCGCUACCGGCUUUGCGGACAACGAGCUUGCGGAUGGGCAAACGCAAGUGUUGGUCAGCGAGAGGACAGAGGCCUUCACCACGGCACGCAACCUCCUGGCCUCUGGAGCCGACGCCAUUGAGAGGAUCAUGUCUUCCUACAAAGAGGUCACAGAGUUGGCUGGAUACACGGCCCGUGUACACAACAUGCUGCGAGUGUUCAGCGAGGUGCAGAGGGGGCUGUACAAGCGCUCCACACUAUCCCAGACUCCUGCAGGAGAGGAGAAGGGUGCAGCCAAGCCUGAGAUGCAUAUUGACGGGCCUCUGGAGAUAAGAGGAAAAGUCAUUGAUGUGGAUAAGGGUAUCGUGUGUGAGAGUGUCCCCAUAAUCACGCCUAACGGGGACGUGGUCGUGUCAAGCUUGAAUUUUAAGGUGGAGGAGGGCAUGCACCUCCUCAUCACAGGGCCCAACGGCUGCGGGAAGAGCUCUCUGUUCCGCAUCCUGAGCGGGCUGUGGCCUGUGUACGGGGGCCUACUGCACAAACCGCCCCCACAGCACCUGUUCUACAUCCCCCAGAGGCCGUACAUGUCUAUUGGAUCAUUGCGAGACCAAGUAAUCUACCCGGACUCGGUGGAGGACAUGCAGAAUAAGGGCUAUGGUGACCUUGACCUGGAGACCAUCCUUAACAUUGUCCACCUCAACCACAUUGUCACCCGUGAAGGAGGCUGGGAUGCUGAGACGGACUGGAAAGACGUUCUAUCUGGGGGAGAGAAACAGAGAAUGGGGAUGGCUCGCAUGUUCUACCACAAGCCAAAGUACGCCCUGUUGGAUGAGUGCACAAGUGCUGUCAGCAUCGAUGUGGAGGGGAAGAUAUUCCAAGCAGCAAAAGAUGCUGGGAUCUCCUUGCUGUCAAUUACCCAUAGGCCCUCUCUUUGGAAGUACCACACGCACCUGCUCCAAUUCGACGGAGAGGGGGGCUGGCGCUUUGAGCAGCUGGACACAGCCACCCGACUCUCCCUGACGGAAGAGAAGCAGCGUCUUGAGACCCAGCUGGCCGGCAUUCCCAAGAUGCAACACAGACUGAAUGAGCUCUGUAAGAUACUGGGCGAGGACUCUGUCCUCAAGACGACUGACCCCGAGGAGUGAGAGAGGCACAAAUAGAGAGUGUGUAAAUGAGUGAGAGAAAGAGAAGAUCGAGAGAGAGAGAGAGAGAGAGAGAGAGAAAAACAGGAUUGAGUGUGACAGAUUCCUGAGUCAAGUAUCACUCAUCCCUUCAACGCACAGAAAAUUGUUACUUUUCCUGUUUUUAAGUCUUAAAUAUGUUUUAUCUGUUCAUAAAAUCAAAUGUGGUCAGAUCAGUAACAUCAGCUGUAAUUGUAAAAUGCAGUCAGUCAUUUAUUUAUUUGACCAAACAAUAUGGUACCCUAAUCCCUCACGUUUUUGCACUUUAUAUCACCUCUUCAUGAAACUCAGUUCCUUUAAUGAAUCCUAUGAAUGUUAAGAUACAAUUUUAUGUUUUAAAGUACUAUGAAUAUUUAUUCAUGUUUCAUAUAUUGAGGUCAAUGCAGAUAGCCAUUUUAUGUGAGAUGCAGUAUUUCAUUUUAAUUGUGUAGUGUUUUGUUAUGUAUUGCUUUGUCAUUUUAAGAGAAUGUUUACUAAAUCAAAGCCUCUUGUGUAGAAAUAUGGAGACCCUUAAUGCCCUGCCCUGUUUUAGUCCUUACCACACAUGCAUCUACAUCUUAAGUGUUGGUGCUGUGAAAAGACUAAAAAUGACAACCCACCAAAUGUUGACAGGGAUAAUAAACCAGGGGCUCAUGUCAGAUCCACCUGAUACAUUAUGUGCUGUCAACAUUGGUGUGACUUUCCGAUCCUUGGCAUGCUAUGUAAUAUACUGUUAUAACAAUAUAACCUCUUAGCUGGAAGGUUGUCUUUCAAUGCAAAAAGCAUAAAUCAAUAAAGUUAACACACAGGAAUUUAUCAGUUGCUUUGAAUGUAAAAAUAUUGCCAAAAUCCAGAUUGACUUGCCAAUGACCUGUACAUUUAUAUAUGUAUUGAAUUUGGCGGGAUUUGAAACUGGAGCACACUAUUAAGGGCGACUAUAUUUUCCCAUAGAGGCACAGCACAGAAUACAACUGCGUGUCUUUUUAUUACCAUAAAAAGAGCCGGAUCAAGUCUAUUCUCAUAAAACUCUCAUGAAAUAUGGUUGAAAUGCGAUCAAAUUCUAGUGUUCUGCCUUUUGUGGACCGGUAGCUACGCUGUGGCCUGUGUGCUGAACAAUGGUGUGGUCAGGUUUGUAGUAGUCUAGCUGGUUGGCGUAGGGGCAUGGGUUGGUUUCACGUUAAAUUGAUCCUUGGUCAUGGUACCUGGUCAUUCUUGCAACUACUCAAUUGUUACACUCACAGUAAUAGUAUGAGCUAAGUAAACUAAAGGGCAUUUGGAAAAAACAUUGGGCCUUAUUCAUGAAACAUGCAUACAAUCACAUUUGAUUGUAAACUGUGUGUAGGAACUUUCCACAAACAUUUUGGCAUUCAUCAUUUUUUUAAUUAUCUGUAUAUGUUCAUGGCUGUUUCCUAAUGCUAAUCACAUAAACAGGAUUGCGCAUAAAAUGUACUAACAGUCGGCAAUCAUCAUCUCAUACACCUGGGAUAUGCACAAAAACAAAGGUCUGCACGUGUCAUCCCAUAUUGGUUUUUCAUAGGAACAUUUUUAAGAACAAAAGUAAUUUAAUUUAAGAAAGGCUUUGUGAAUGAGGCCCAUUGUUUAAAUGUUUGGUUUCUUUGUAUUUCUGGUGGAUAGCACUGUUACAGGUUCCAAGACAAUCUACCUCUGCAUGAAUUGGGAGGCCAGACAAACUUACGUGAUGUUUUGACUGUGUUAUAUACAUGAUCCCAUGCUGUUCCAGCUACAUGCUUCACUUCAUAGCCAUGAUAAUUUGCACAUAGCACCUAAUUUUGUGAUGCACUGUACAGGCUCAUACUCAUCAUAACUUUAGUCAUCUUGUUGUUGACUUGAAACCAUGCAGGUCAUUUUCGUAGAGUCCUUCAUAGACAGUGGUUGAACAGCUCAGGAUGCAUGGUUAGGGGUUUCUGGUUUACUGAACGGACACUGAUCUAGGAGCACUGAGUUCAGGUUUUAGCAGAUCCUUGUCCCAUUCUCCACCCCCUCCCCCUGGAGCCUGCAGUGCCCUUCUCCUUUGGUGACCGCAACAGUCCGUAAUGAAGGAAUACCACAUUUAGUGGAACCGGUGUGUAUGUUUGUCUUAACAUUUUCAUCAACUGCGUGUUGUACUCCAUAUAAACAUCCGCUUAUUUAAACCCUUGUCAAUGAUGAGGCAAUCUCAUAUGCUUAGAAAUGUUCAGAAGUUUUCAGUGACCACCGCAUACUGACUGCUUUGUCUGUGUGGAAACAUGACAAAUGCAACAGUAUCCUUUUAAAUUGAGAUGUUGCACUCUGGUGCAAAUGUAUAAUCUGAUAAAUUGUGUAAUAUUUUCAGACAUAAAGAUCCUGCACACCAUACACCAUAUCAAAUUGUAUAGUCAGCAACGGGAGCAACCUUUUAAAUAUUGUAUGAAAGAAUUUAUUGCAGUCUUUCUUUUGUGUAGUUUGCACAGUAUAUUGUACAUUGCAUCAGCAGCUAUGUGAGAGUAUGUAUAUUAGGAACUGUGCUCACCUUGAUUGCAGCAUACAUAGCCCAAGCAUUCUGAGGAUUUCUAAUCAGCACUGCUCCUAUUAAAGAUGGGCAAACUAUUUGUUUGACAAUGGGACUUACCUAAUAAGACCCAUAGAGCAACAGCAAAGGAAUUGUACGUGGAACUGAAGCUUGUUACAACUGCAACUUUCUGUUCCAUUUUGAUCGCAUUGCAACUUUGUGUUUAUUUUUUAUGCUCAUGUUGUUUUGAUCAUGAACUGCAAUUCCCUAUUCCAUGUAUGGUACCACUGCAAUAUUUUGUUCCAUGUUUGGUACAAGUACAAGUUUGUAUUUGAUUAUAGAUAUGGGUAUCACCUCUUAUUUUUAUGUUUUGUAUGUGACUGCAGCUUUCAGUGAGGUGAAAACAAGGUUUUCACAGAUUGAAUUUUGUUUUUAAAUUGUGUUACAUUUGAAUUGUACUGUCAGUUACUUGUCUGAUAAAAACUUUGUGCUAACUGUACAUUUUAGAAACCACUGCAACUUUGUGUUAUAUUUUAUGACUGCAAUGUUUUGUUCAAUUUUAGAUAGAAUGUUUUAAUGCGGUUGUAACUUCUGUUCCAGAAACAAUCUUUAUUUUACAGUUGAAAUGUGAUCUGAACUUGGUCGUCCUAUAUCUGUUACCAGCUGCCUAACACAGACUGUUAUACUGUGAAUCUUUGUUUUGGACAAUCUCAUGUUGUGUUUUCUUGUAAUUAAUUCAAGCAAAUCCUUAUUGUGGAAAAACAAGUUCUAGAUUUGUUGGAUUUAAAGGAGGUAAAUUACUUGGAAAAGACUAGAUAUGACGUAUUGAUCCAUGUUAUUGUGAAUAGGACUACAGUACCUUAUGUUUUUAAUGAAACGAUUAGCUUGCUACAUUUCAAUCUUUACAUUCCUCCCUGUUUAUGCUAUGAGAGUCCUGUCUGCUUCUCUCUUCUGUCAUCUGAGCUCAGUGCAGCACGGUGUGAACCUUUAGGAUUAGCCUUAAAGACAGCGUGUGACUCUCUAUUAAUGGCGAUGUCCACUGAGCUGAGACAGCACUGUCCUCCUGUGCAUGUCCACCCAGUCUGAAGUUACCGGGCACACUGCAUCUGACACAAGAUCUGCUAGAGCCAGGGUACUGUAUCACAGCUCCCCUUUGGUAUGUUUCAGUGGCGCAGCUGCAGCAUCACAGAGGCAUGGCCCUUACAACAGACCUGUCGAGGCCUGUCAGUGCCCCCCCCACACCUCUCUUUUGUACAUAGGUGGGCAGGCACCCUGACAUCUCCUGUCAGAGUGACAGUGUGAGACUCCCACACAUUGAUUGACAGUGAGAGACCCAGCCCCCAAUUUCUUAUUUUUUCAGAGUACAAUAACUGUUAACCUAGACCCAGUAAGAUAUUAAGCUUUCCGUUUAUCAUUACUCAAUAAAUCACACGUUACACUUUCAUGUUACCUUUACCCAAUGACACAUUAAUCAUUCAGAUUCAGAAAUUGCCCAUUGCUCUUUCUGAUCAGCAUUACUACCUAACAACUAGGCCUGCUACUUUUCCGUUUGUACCCAUUCUAAAUAUAACAAGAACUGCAUGUAUAGAGAAGGACUAUAUUUGACAAUAUAUUUAUUUCUCAGGCUCGAUUGCAUUGGAAUGAUGCAGACAAUUUUAUUAAAAAUGAUGAAUGUGUACCAACAUGUAUGAUUUGUAAAUAUAUGAUGCUUGUAAAUAUUGCCCUUGCAUGGUCUAGUGAAUGAGGGGCCCUGCAAUUUAAAAAAAGAGAAAAAUCUGCCUGUGUCUCCAUGUCAACCAUGUUUUCCAGGAAUUGUGGGAGGAUUGUGGGAGGGGUAUGCACUCUGAUUGCUGGUGAAGAGGCUGGCUGUGUUAGUAGAUACAAUUAGUCUCACUGUAAUUAAAAUAUUGUUGUUACAAACAUUUUGUCUUUUAUAUGACAAUUUAAGUCUCCCCCAGUCAAAUUUAGGUUGUAGAGAGAUCCUAGAUGCUAAAUUAAUUUAAAAUCCCCUAAUUAAUUUGGACAUUAAACCCAAUAGUAAAAAUGAUUAAUAUUUUGGAAAAAAUAGAAAUGUCAAACACUGAACCAAAUAAUGUUUAUUUUGUGAAAUAUUUACUUUUUAAAAAUACAAUUAUUUUGUAAUUGCCCCAAUGAAUAAUAACAAAAGCAAAUGUAUUGUAAUGUGCUGGGAUUUGUGCCUGUAGACAUACGAACAUAAGAUCUUCCAUCAAAAUGCUUAUUUUAUUAUACAUUUCUGUAUAAAUGUAGAAAAUACAAAAGCUUUUGUCAGAAAUGUUGCCAUUCUUGUGUUUUCCCAAAUAACCUCUGCAUAUUUACUUAUACACAAUUGGUUGAAUAAGACACAUAGGCAUUUUUAGGAUGAUUUCUUCUACAUACUUCACUAUUUCUGCAAUAUGUCAUUCUCACAUGUGUAGAACUUUGUCAUUAUAGCAACUGCUACAGACUGCUUAAAAUUGCACGGGAUUGUGGGGCUGUCCUUUGAUUCUGUGGCAAUAACACAAUGUUCUUAAGGUUUUUAAUUAUUUCAUAUGAAUAAUUUAUUUGUACUCCUACGAAAAUAAAAUGCGCUAAAAAAUA